AUGGCAGCCACGGCGGAACAAGGCCGAGUCCCCUACGGAGAAUCCUCUCGCCAGUACCGUCGCACCGUUUACACACACGACGAUUGGAUUGCUCAUCGAAAUUCGGAACAGCGUGUAUACGAAAAUCUACAAGGCAUCUUCUUUUCCGGCAUUGUCCGUCAACUCAAAUCGGAGGUUUCGCUGGUGGCACUGAUGGCAACGCUUGUCGUUUUGUGGAACGGAUUGGCCGUGCCAUUCCUGCAAAGCUCCACAGUUUGGACUACAAGUGUACCCAUGCUCAUGGUACCGGCCCUCCCCUUUACCUUGUCGAGUCCGGCACUCGGCUUGUUACUAGUUUUUAAGACCAACACAUCGUACGCUCGUUGGUAUGAAGCCCGAGGAACUUGGUCCAAACUUACGUCGCAGUCACUGAACUUGGUUCGCAUGGCUAGCACAUUUUGUGACAUGGCGGAUCCCGUGACACAAACCAAGGUACAGCGACUCGCAACAGCGGCCUGGCUUGUGUGUCGGUCCGUCAUGAAUGAACUAUGGGGCGUCGCUAGCGAUGAAGGCGCCUAUCGAAAAGAUGUUGAACAAGCUUUUGCUAGCGAUUCAAGACUAGCUCAGCGGUUUGUGGAUGCCGGUCCCAAUCGAGUAACCAUCGCAUUAGCCGAAGCUUCGCUGGCGUUGGACGCCAUCCCGAUUGACGAAAAACGACGAGUGGAAAUGGACAAAUCCUUGGUGUUGAUGGGGGAUGGCAUUAGUGUUUGUCAGCGUGUUUUUGCUAGUCCGGUACCCCUAGUGUAUACACGGCACACGAGCCGUUUCUUGUCGCUGUGGAUGUUGCUGCUUCCUGGAGCCUUGUACGAAACUUUCGCGAGCUCUUCGUGGAUACCCGUGUUGCCGGGGCUAGGUCUGAUACCGGCCGUGUCGGUAGUCGCGUUGUUUCUGUUUGGCAUUGAAGAAUUGGCCAUUCAGUUGGAGGAACCCUUUUCUAUUCUUCCUUUGGACCGCAUUGUAGAGGGUGUCCGACGAGACAUGCAGAGUGUAACGGACUGGUGCAUUGCGCGGAGUACGGAUUUGUCUGACAAUGAAGACGUGGAAGCAUCCUUCGCUACCAACUCUGCAAAAGAAUUUUCCGCUGGAACAAAGUUUAGCAACUAA